AUGGUCCUGGUAAUAAAACUGCUGCUCUUCACCUGCCUCUGGCCAACAGCUGCACUAACCAGUGUCAGUUCUCAAAGUGAUCAUCAUCAUCAUUUUCAUCAUCAUCAUCAACAGAAAUGCUCAUCCAUGAAGAAGCAUAACAGCAAACGAGAAAUUAAAAUGAGGAAAUUAGACAGCACCAAAGUACGCCCACUAAAGUCCGAGCAACUUCUCCGCAUAGAUGACCAUGACUUUGCAAUGAGACCUGGAUUCGGAGGGUCACCAAUACCAGUGGGCAUUGAUGUGCAGGUGGAAAGUAUUGACAGCAUUUCAGAAGUUGACAUGGACUUCACGAUGACCUUAUACCUCAGACAUUACUGGAAGGAUGAGAGGCUUUCGUUUCCUAGUACCAAAAACAGAAGCAUGACCUUUGAUGGAAGAUUGAUCAAAAAGAUCUGGGUACCUGAUGUAUUUUUUGUCCAUUCCAAAAGAUCUUUCAUCCAUGAUACAACUAUGGAGAAUGUGAUGCUCCGAGUGUACCCUGAUGGCAACGUACUCUUCAGCCUAAGGAUUACAGUUUCUUCCAUGUGUUUUAUGGAUUUCAGCCGAUUCCCUCUGGACACUCAGAACUGCUCUCUAGAACUGGAAAGUUAUGCUUAUAAUGAAGAUGAUCUGAUGCUGUACUGGAAACAUGGGAAUGAGUCGCUGACCACGGAUGAGCAGAUCUCCCUUUCCCAGUUUUUCAUUGAAGAGUUCAGUGCUUCUAGUGGACUAGCUUUCUACAGCAGUACUGGUUGGUACAACCGCCUUUUUAUAAACUUUGCCCUAAGAAGGCAUAUUUUCUUUUUUGUGCUACAAUCCUAUUUCCCAGCUAUGCUGAUGGUGAUGCUGUCCUGGGUUUCAUUUUGGAUUGACAGAAGAGCUGUUCCUGCCAGGGUAUCACUGGGUAUAACUACUGUGCUGACCAUGUCAACCAUAAUCACAGGAGUAAGUGCCUCAAUGCCUCAGGUGUCUUACAUAAAAGCUGUGGAUGUAUACUUAUGGAUCAGUUUUCUUUUUGUCUUCCUGUCCGUCAUUGAAUAUGCAGCUGUGAAUUAUCUCACCACAGCAGAAGAGAGAAAACAACUCAAAAAAAGAGGGAAGGUUUCAGGAAUGUAUAACAUUGAUGCAGUACAAGCAAUGGCCUUUGAUGGCUGCUAUCAUGACAAUGAGGCUGACAUUGAUAUGACCACCUUUGUGGUCCACUCUGAAGAGAGCUCAGCCCGGGGACGGGCAGCCAGCAUCGCCAACCUGGAUGCAACCCGAAUAAAAAGGAAGAGAUCCUUGAAAGGAAAUGUGGGCAGGAUUAUUUUGCAGAACAAUCACGUCAUUGACACAUAUUCCAGGAUUAUAUUUCCCACUGUGUAUAUUGUAUUCAACUUUUUUUACUGGGGUUUGUAUGUAUGAAAGGAAAACACUAUAAUCUAUGCACUAUUUUGCAUGUAAGGAUAGCAGAAUCUAUGUUUUUAAAAAAAACAACAGCAAUAGAAGAAAUGUUUAAAAGUUUCUGAAAUAGAUUCAGACACCGGUCAAGAGGAUGUUGGU